AUGCCCCCAAAGAUCGCAUACUGGUGCCCCCAACCCCAUGGCAAUGCCCUCCACCCCAUACUGGUGCCCCCAACCCCAUGGCAAUGCCCUCCACCCCAUACUGGUGCCCCCAACCCCAUGGCAAUGCCCUCCACCCCAUACUGGUGCCCCCAACCCCAUGGCAAUGCCCUCCACCCCAUACUGGUGCCCCCAACCCCAUGGCAAUGCCCUCCACCCCAUACUGGUGCCCCCAACCCCAUGGCAAUGCCCUCCACCCCAUACUGGUGCCCCCAACCCCAUGGCAAUGCCCUCCACCCCAUACUGGUGCCCCCAACCCCAUGGCAAUGCCCUCCACCCCAUACUGGUGCCCCCAACCCCAUGGCAAUGCCCUCCACCCCAUACUGGUGCCCCCAACCCCAUGGCAAUGCCCUCCACCCCAUACUGGUGCCCCCAACCCCAUGGCAAUGCCCUCCACCCCAUACUGGUGCCCCCAACCCCAUGGCAAUGCCCUCCACCCCAUACUGGUGCCCCCAACCCCAUGGCAAUGCCCUCCACCCCAUACUGGUGCCCCCAACCCCAUGGCAAUGCCCUCCACCCCAUACUGGUGCCCCCAACCCCAUGGCAAUGCCCUCCACCCCAUACUGGUGCCCCCAACCCCAUGGCAAUGCCCUCCACCCCAUAGUGGUGCCCCCAACCCCAUGGCAAUGCCCUCCACCCCAUAGUGGUGCCCCCAACCCCAUGGCAAUGCCCUCCACCCCAUAG